GCUAGGGCAAAAAGAAAAAAGUGCACCCAGGGGGCCUCAGGACAGAGUUUGGGAAGCCCUGAAUCAGGCCAUACCUUUUUAAAGCUUCUUUCGGACUAUUUGGAACCCUGACAUGUCUGGUCCUACCCAGCCGCCUCCGAAGACUCCGGGUAGCCCGGAGAGACUCGUCCCCCAGAUGUCCGACUCUGGACCAGCCGUGUACAGACAGCCGCCCAAGAAGGUCUCCUCGGACACCCGGCCCAAGUAUGUGGUCCAUGAUCAGAACAGAGGAGGAGGCGGAAUGGCCACUAGGUACUUGGCUACAAGAUCCACAGCUGGGCCAAUGCAGCACCACCACCAAGAGGACCCAGGGUUUCACCCUAAAUCUAUUGACCACUACUACCAACCACCUCCCCAAGGGCUUGAAGAAGACCAAUCCUUGAACCCUCACAUGGACCGCUACCAGCUGAUGCACCGGGGACCUCCUAAGAAGCUGAUUGGACACCACUCCAGCAGUGAUGCAGAGAUUGACUCGCUCACAUGCAUGCUGGCCGAUCUGGACAGCCAUCCACAAAACAGCGCACAGCUUAAUGACAACGACCACAUCUCAGGGGAUCGCUACAAAGCCUCAGUCCAGCCAGGAGCAUCUGCUCAGGGCAGGCCGUCCAUGGGUUUCCCCCCUCACCCCCAACCCCAGUAUCGUCGUACACCCCCAUACCCCAGUGAUCCCCACCAGGGUCUUCAGUACUUCCCCCAGCCACACUACACCGAUGCCCAGGUCUCCAAACGGUACCCCCAGCCUGUCCCCGCCUCCUACACUACCGCCCUUACUGGCCCGAGGUUCAGUGUCCAGGUCAAAACAGCCCAGCCUGUCACCUACUCCCAGACUGGUAGGCAAGCCGAGCAUGCUUACACCCCUCCCUCACCCCGCCAGCACGCGUUGCGGUCCCCACCCAAGAAUCAGACGGGUCCCCAGGGCUGGUACCCUCCCCACCCUGCAUCCCAAGUCCAGGAGCUGUACUCUGAGAGGGGUUACAAGGGGAGUGUCGCAGGGUCUGGAGGGAGAGUCACCCAGUGGCCCAUGUCCAAUAGAGGCCCAGAGACUCAUCAAUCAGGGUCAGGCUCUGCACCAAGCUCCGCCUAUCAGCCCAGUAAGCAGGGGACAGCAGCUCCGAGGCCAGAGGAGGAGUUGGUCCAGCUCACUAAGAAGUUUGUGUAUGACAUGAAUCAUCCCCUUACAGAGGAAGACUUUGGUCGCUGUGCACGUUGCGGCAACAACGUCCUUGGCGACGGCAGCGGCUGUAUCGCCAUGGAGCAGGUGUUCCACCUGGAGUGUAUAACUUGCAUCACCUGCCACACUCGUCUCCGGGGGAAAACGUUCUAUGCCCUGGACAAGCAUAGCUACUGUGAGAGCUGUUACAUUAGUGUCCUAGAGCGCUGCUUUAUGUGCUCCAAGCCCAUCCUGGACCGUGUCCUGCGGUCCAUGGGCAAGGCCUACCAUGCGCGCUGCUUCAACUGCGUGGCGUGUGGCUGCUCCCUGGAUGGUGUGCCCUUCACAGUGGACGCCACCUACCAGAUCCACUGCAUGGACGACUUCUACAGGAAGUUUUCCCCUCGCUGCUCAGUGUGUCGCCAUGUUAUCGUGCCUGAGCCGGGCCAGGAUGCGGCGGUCAGUAUAGUGGCGCUGGGCCGCAGCUUCCACGUCAACUGCUAUGGGUGUGAGGAGUGUGGUCUGCCCCUGUCCUCUGAGGGUGAGGAGCGAGUCUGUUACCUCCUGGAUGGUCACAUCCUAUGUCAGGGCUGCAGCGCCCGGCACAUCCAGAUCCCCUCACCAAAAAAUCUCCACUGACUGAUAACCAACUAGGAAGUCACCUCUGACUUUUAACCAAUGACUCUUCCAUUACUUUAAUCUGCACUGCGGUAGAAGUUGCCCUAAAUAAUAGAUCUGGAAUCAGUUAUACUCUUAUUCAUAACCUUAACCACAAGGGGGAAAUGUUAAUCUGACUUGAGAUCAGUGUCGAAGGGCAACUUCAUCCCCCUUCACUUUUAUCCUCGCAUAGCCUUUCUUUAUACUUCAGAUGCUCAAAGCUGAGGAAUCAGUAGUAGUUGGCCUACUAUUGAACCUCAAUCUGACAAUCUUCAAUAUGAAGUCAUUAUUUAAUUUCCCUUGACCAGGUUUAUUUGUACAGGUUCAAGACAGGGUAUUGAAACCUGGAUUGACAAAUAGUUAGACCCCUUUCCUUACCCUCUGCUUUACACUAUCACCUGUAUAUAUAUUCUCUACCCCUACUCCCUUUCCACCACACCCUAUCCCCUACCCCUCAGUCCUAUAGCAGGACUGUAUAGAGCCCCUGACCUGCAGGCAGCAGGGGCUGCACUACCCCAAACCCUUGGUUGCAUCACUGCUCAUCUCUCACGCACUAUCCUGCAUGUUGCACACGGUCUGUCACGCACUAUCCUACAUGUUGCACACUGUCUCUCACGCACGAUCCUACAUGUUGCACACUGUCUCUCACGCACGAUCCUACAUGUUGCACACUGUCUCUCAGCUACUAUCCUACAUGUUGCACACUGUCUCUCACGCACUAUCCUACAUGUUGCACACUGUCUCUCACGCACUAUCCUACAUGUUGCACACUGUCUCUCACGCACUAUCCUACAUGUUGCACACUGUCUCUCACGCACUAUCCUGCCAGACCCAGGUGGGACAUGGAAGGAGCUCCAUGGAAAAUAAAGAUUGAUAGAUAUUCACGAUGUGGAGGAUCAUAAGUAGGAAAAUGAGGUGAUAUUGAGGAAGAGGAAUGAGGAAUGAGGAAUACAAUGUCUUCCUGGCUGUUGGGUAACAGUCCAGAUAAUGGAACAUAUAUUUUGUAUACCACUAAAGUUAAUAACCGUGCUGAUCUGCCUCAUAAGCAAAGUGCACAUAUGCAAGGUAUUUCUGUGACCUGAGUUUAUAUUGCAGGUGGUUUUGGUUGUGGAGUGAAUGUGUUUAGAGACCAAGUGGGUGUAGUCAGUGUUGUGCAGUGAAGAGUUUUUAGAAAAUAGAUGGUAAGAAAGAUUGGUUAGAGAACGAGAUCACUGAAGUUAAUGCUUUGAUGUUAAUAGUUUUGAUUUUAAAUGCAACCUUUUCAAUUUUACUAGGUAACUCUGUUAACCACACUAAUUUAGAACGACGGCCUACCCCAGCCGAACCCGGAUGACGCUGGGCCAAUUGUGCGCUGCCCUAUGGGACUCCCAAUCACGGCCGGAUGUGAUACAGCCUGAAAAUGAACCAGGGACUGUAGUGACGCCUCUUGCACUGAUAUGCAGUGCAUUAGACCGCUGCACCACUCGAGAGCCCUUAUGCAGGCUUUCAUAUAAUGAUAUAUGGCACCACAUGUCAUAACAUAAUAUUUUAUUCCACAGGACAGUUAUUUGCAUAAUGAUAAUUGGUACUGCAUUUCAAACCCCCUCUUUUAAAAUGUGAAUGCGCUUUUUAGAUAUUUUUCCUUGUUUAACAUUUGGGUUGAUUUGAUACUUUACAAUGAGGAAUAAGGCACAAUGAAGUAUUUUUGCCAUUGUCUUACUGAGAAACCGGGUUCUCCAUACUGGCCACGUGGGCUGAGAAUAUCCUCUUGUGUUCAUUAUGGGUUUUUGUUUAAGCUUAGCCUUAGGAGUAUGAUUUGUGCUGCUAAUCCCUGUCAAAGCACUAUCGGCCAUGUUUGAGUAACUCUGACAUUUGAAUUAUUCACACAUUGUGUUGAAAGUGUCUUAAAGAUUUUUCAUCCCGCUGUCAUCUGUUUUUAAUGUAAAAACUGCUAGUAUGAUUUAAUGGUUUUGAAGCUUCUCUUCUGACUACAAGACCCUUUAAAAUAUCAAUUAUAUUGUUUUCUUUGUCCAGGAUCAUGUUUUGUUUCAGUAUUUGAUUCUUCUAAGAGUAUAGGUCAAUGAGCACAAUGAUAUGAAGGUCCUUGUUUUGAGCCCUAUAAAUGGCAUUUUUCACUUAUUUAUUUCAACUCCUGUUGUUCUGCUAUUGUCACAAAGUUGAUGUUUAUCUGUGAUUAUGAGGGUAAGGGUCAUCACUUUGUUUUCACUGUGUAAUUUUGUUCCACAGCAUCCUAUUGAUAAGUACUGCAGAAUAAUAAUUUGUCCAUGAGAGGAAUAGACUGAGCAGGUGGUUUGUACAAUUUGACUCAAGUUAGAAGUAGGUGUGUG